UCGACGGGAAGAUCAUCAUUGUUGAAGCGGAAUCUGUCUAUGUGAUUUGUGCUUCUCUUAAUAUUUAUUUAUUUCAGUUUGAUUUUGAUUUUUUACUUAAAAUGAGCAAACGUCGUGCAGAUUCUACGUCUGGUAGUGGCAGUGGAAGUAGUAGUAGUAGCAGUAGCAGUGAAUCGGAUGCCGAAUCGGGCCUGGUGACUUCACCAAACAAACGCCAACGUACUGGGGUAGCUGCAAACAGUCCACCACCAAAGCUGAUAGCAAAUGAUUCAGAUUCAGAAACAUCAGAUUCUGAUGAUGAUUGGGAUGCUAGCGGUAAAAAGAAAAAACCCAAAAAGAAAAAGGCAAAAGCAAGUGCUGGGAAGAUGAAUCGAAAACCAUCUGGUGGAAAUGAUAGCCAUUCUGAUCCUGAAGAAGGUGAAGUUUCAGACAACUCUGAUUCAGAUGGUGGUGCUAGAAAGAGUGGGAGCUCCAGUAGCUAUUCAAGUUCUGAAUCUGAAGAAGAAUUUAAUGAUGGGUAUGAUGAGAACCUUAUGGGGGAUGAUAAUGACCAAGCACGCCUUGCUUCAAUGACAGAGAAAGAAAGAGAAGAGGAGCUGUUUAAUCGAAAUGAAAGAAGAGAAGUUAUGAGAACACGGUUUGAAAUUGAAAAGAAAUUAAAAGCUGCUAAGCGUAAAGAGCAGCACAAGAAAAAGUCUUCAAGCAAAAGCAAGAGUGAUUACAAAGACAAAGGUCUCAAAGAUUGGGGGGAUAAAGAUCUUGAUAAAGAUGUGAAAGAGAGGAGUAAAGAACGCAAAAAGACAGUCGAAGAGAAUAAAGGAAGAACGGACAAGAAAGCUCAAGCUAUGAACGCCCUGAAGGCUCGUCGAGAGGAAAAGAAAGAAAGAGAGGAAAAGGAGAAACAACGCAUGGAAGACCGUAAGAACGAUGACAAGGAUGGAGACCUCGACGGUGUCUCUGCCGAUGCCAAUAAGAAGAAACUAAAAGCAUCAGACGUCUACUCUGAUGAUAGUGGCUCAGAUUCCGACACGGGGUCUGAUUUUAGCACGGAAAAGCAUGGUGUAGCCAACAAAUCUUCGUUUCCUCCGUCAACCAAGCGGCAGCAGAGUAGCAGCAGCAGUAGUAGUAGUGAUUCUGAUGAUGACGAAAAAAGUAGCAAGACAAAGAAGCCAGUGUUCGUGGAAUCCAAAGAGCAAUUGGGUCGUAUUCGUCUCUCUCGUCACAAGCUUGAGAAAUGGGUCCACGCCCCUUUCCUCAAGCGUGCGGUUGUAGGUUGUUUUGUCCGUAUUGGCAUCGGUAUGAACAAUGGUAGAUCUGUCUACCGUAUUGCCGAAAUCAUUGAUGUCUGCGAAACGGGAAAAAUUUAUCAACUUGGCCCAACCAGAACAAACAAGGGGCUGCGGCUCAGACAUGGUGCUCAAGAACGGGUGUUUCGACUUGAAUUUGUUAGUAAUCAAGAUUUCAGUGAUUCAGAGUUUAAAAAGUGGAUGGACGAUUGUAACACUCAGGGCACAUCUCCUCCCACCUUAGAGGACAUUCAGAAGAAGCUAAAUGAUAUAAAGGAAGCUGCCAACUUUGAAUUCAACGAAGAAGACAUCAACCAGAUGUUAGAAGAAAAAAGUCGAUUCCGAAAGACACCUUAUAAUUAUGCCAUGCGCAAAAAUCAACUUAUGAAGGAAAGACAAAUUGCCCUAAUAAAAGGAGAGGAAGAAGAAACAGAACGGCUCACAAAAGAAUUAGCUGAAUUAGAAGAGAGGGCAGAUGAAUUAAGCAAACGAUCUCUUUCAUCGACGUUAUCAUCGAUUUCAUUUAUCAACGAGCGAAACCGUAAGCGUAAUGUGGAAAGAGCUGAAGAGGCUAUUCUAGAGGAAAUUCGGGCUAGUGGAGGCCAGAAAACGGAAGAUCCAUUUACGCGAAGAAGCACGAGACCAGGGAAAUCGGGAAGUUACCGUCCAAACGGCGAAACACUACCGUCUACGACUGAAGUUCUCUCUGCUCCAACCAGCAAGGUUCUAGAAGGCCAGGCUGCUGCAUCAAAUCAUGAAAUUAGAACAGAACCAAAGGACAAGGGUAAAACCCUAGUUGCUAAACCCAAAACAAGUGAUUUGUUUUCAGCGCAUGAUUUUGAUAUCAAGAUCGAUCUAGAAGUCCCUCUUCCAUCUCAACCUGUUGUUGUUACCCCAAAACCAGUGGCAAAUCUAAAAGAACAGCCUCGUCGUUCUCUCAACCUUGAAGAUUACAAGAAAAAGCGUGGAUUAAUCUGAACU